CCUCGCUUUUGCUACAUGAAGGCAGCCAAUAGGCGGGCGGCGGCUGACGUCAGGCGGCGCCGGGCUCGCGCUCCGCUCCUUCUUUGCAACAUGUCGGGUUUGCUGAAGCUGGACAAUGCGCUCCGGACCAAGGUGGAUGCUUUCAGGGAGCGAAUGACUGCUGAAGCAGAAGACUUGGUUGCAAGUUUCUUUCCAAAGAAGUUAUUGGAGCUAGAUGGUUUUCUGAAGGAACCCCUCUUGAAUGUUUCAGAUUUGGCUACUAUUCACUCAGACCUCAAUUUGCCAGUACCAGAACCUAUAAUGCUGACCAACAGCCAUGAUGGUUUGGAUAGCGCACGCAAUAUUAAGAAGAGAAAACUAGAAGAUGGCGAAAGUAAUUGUCCAGGUACAAAGGUGUUUGUAAUUCCAAAUGGGAUGCUGAAGAGUAACCAGCAGCUGGUUGAGAUGAUUGAGAAAAUUAAACCAGAAAUCAGGACACUCAUGGAGAAGUGCAAUACAGUUAAAAUGUGGGUUCAGCUACUGAUACCAAGGAUAGAAGAUGGCAAUAACUUUGGUGUUUCUAUUCAGGAAGAGACUGUUGCAGAACUCCGAACAGUUGAAAGUGAAGCUGCUUCAUACUUGGAUCAGAUCUCUCGAUACUACAUUACAAGAGCAAAAUUGGUGUCCAAAGUAGCUAAAUAUCCCCAUGUGGAAGAUUACCGUCGCACCGUGUCUGAAAUUGACGAAAAGGAAUACAUCAGCCUUCGGUUAAUUGUUUCUGAACUGAGAAACCAAUAUGUAACAUUACAUGAUAUGAUCAUCAAAAAUAUUGAAAAAAUCAAACGACCCAGGAAUAGCAACACAGAUGCAUUGUACUAAUUGGUGUGCUUCAUGAAUUGGAACCCGACCUUUGUAACCCCAAAUAUAAGACCGUGAUUGCCUUGGCUUUGUUACGUGAGAUUGGUCUUGUUGAGAUGGAAAGAAUUGAAGUCAAAAGUGAAGCACAGCAUUUGUUACAUUUCAGUGGAAUAGCUGAAAAGGGAUUUUCAUUCAUCUCUUCUUUUUAUGAUGUACAGAGGUUUUUAACCCUCAGGAAUUCUUUCCCAUUUUGCUUGACAAAUCUCUUUGUAAUGUACAGUAUUAGUGGUCUUAGCAAAGAAUUCUGUUUAGUAACUUAGUUUUAUUUUGAGAUAUGGUAUUUUCCCAUUUCUGUCAUAUCCUUUCCUCAUUAAAAAAGAUGAAAGAUGAUGUACAAAUUAUCCUGUAAAUGCUGAAUGCUAGUCAUGUACAACUUUAACAUACAGGCAAACACCCACAGAGCACCAGGCACAGGUCUGAAGGCUGCAAAUUGUAGAAAGGAGCACCUAUUGCACCGUAUUAUAUGGGACGGUACACCCACUGACUGUUCUAUUUCCCUUCCCUGAUCAUUUUUUUUAAAGAGAAGUAUUUGAAGAUGUUCUUUUAAAAUAAAAAGUUGUGCUGUAUGCGUAGUGUGAGCCUCCAAAGUGGGGAUAAAUGAAGUUAUAAAUUCUACGUAAAUUACGUAUUGCUAUGAUUUUUCUAAUUGCCCUAAAUUAGGAUACUGAGCAUUAGUUUCUCCAGUUUAACUUUUUCAGCUUCCUUUUCUUGUGAAGUUGCUUGCAAUUUUUAAACCCCAUCUCUGCACUUUGCUAUGUAUUUGUCCAUUCACCCCUUUUUCGUUUCUUACAAAGGUUGAGAAUGUUGAGCUCAUUAGUCAAGAGCUUUUGGUGGGUGGACUGCACAUUUACUGGUGAGCCCAACUUUCAGACCAUGACGAUACUAUGAAAUUAUCUAAGACUUAAUAAAACAUUCCUCUGAGACGA